AUGACUGCGUCCCUCGAGUGCGCGCGUGUUUCUGCCUGCCUGCAUGCGUGGUGCGUGCGGCUCAUGGGAGCUCGUCCCUCGGUUCGACUGCCGGCUCCAGUCCCCAUUGCGCGACGCAGCCGGAGGCAGCAACGGCGUUGGCAGUGGUUGCGGCUACCGCAGAUAUCGUUGCUGCUGUUCGGGGCCGCUGGAGGCCCUGAGGUCCUGGGUUUCGCCGGGCGGUGUGGCGGUGUGGCGGUCGACCGAACGGAGCAGCACAGUAUGAUGUGGGAGUCAGCCACGAAUCUGUGGAAGAUCAUGGCUGAGGGGGGCCCUUGGCGAGCUAGACGUUUGGCUCAGGGUGGCGAGGCCAUGGCCGACUUGGAGAGCGCCUCCUUGACAAGAUGGCGGAACAGGUACUCAGCGACAGCGGCAGCGGCAAUGGCCGUGGCAGCGGCAGCGGCAGUGGUAACUUUGUGGGGAGCAGCGAUUCCCCCUGCUGCAGCGGGAGCACCGUUGCGGCCCCGUUGCCCGGGUCGUUGCCAUGCGGAGGGGCACCGGACCCGGCGGAACGCACAGACAGACCACUUGCCAGCCUCGCAGCAGCAGAAGGAGCAGCAGCACCCACCUACGCCGGCGCCGCAGCAACAGCAGCAACAGCUGGGGCCGCCCUGUCGCCAGCAGCACCCCGCAGCAGCAGCAGCAGCCGCUGGGCAUCUUUUACAGCGGAGGACCUUCGCCACGCCACGCCACGCCACGCCACGCCACGCCACGCCACGCCGCGCCACGCCACGCCACGCCACGCCACGCCACGCCAGCCUUGUAUGUAUGCAUCCGGCCGCCAUCGGACCGGGAGCAACACGCUCUGGCAAAUCAUUCGUCCACAAAUUCUAUCGUCCAGCGCGCAUCGGGGCGCUUGCGGCCAGUGUGGAUGGCAGUGCUGGGGGCCCGGCCGGACGGCCAGCCGCGAGCCCUCGGCCGGAGAGCCUGCGAACCGCCAAGAGCAUCACCACGGGGUCCCCCAAGUGGGGGGCUUACCGAUACGGAUUGGCAUGA